AUGAACGGUGUUCGUCCUGAAUUUCGGAAACAACUUUCUAGCCAUGACCCCCAGAUUGAUCAAAUUGCAACGUUUUUGACCGUGGCAAAAAAGGAACAAGAUAUUCAUGAACAAUUUGAAAAAUUUCAAGAAAUGAAAAUUCAACCCCAACAACCAUACAUCUUCAUGAAUCCGGAAUCAACAACCGUAACGGCCGUCAUUCAUCAACGGCCAUAUCGACAUCCAAAUCAUUCCAGCCGGGAUUUACAACAAUUGGAAAUCGGGAAAUCUGUCGAAAGACAGCAAUCAUUUAUUCCAGGUUCUCAUCGUAAAUUAUUGAAAUCGUCAGAAAUUCCACGCAAAUCGACAACGAAACAACCAAAACAACAGCAAACACUCACACCCAUUCUCGAUGAUCCAACAACGUCAACAUCGUCGUCAACGUCCACCCCAUCGUCGAUGGUGUCGGAUGCAAACAAAACAGCUUGGGCGAAAGAAAAUCGGAAAAACUUAAAACGACUUGGUGGUGGUGAUCGUGGUGAUGGUGGUGGUCGUGGUGGUGAUAAUAGAGGAACUCGCCAUUACCAGAUUGGGCCCUCUUUUGACCAACAGGGACCACCAGUUGGGACCAAUUGGGUACUGUUGGGACCAGUAGGAACCAAUUGGAUCCUGUUGGGACGAAUAGCGUCCUAUUGGGAGCAAUAG